AUGAUUCCCAACUACGCCUACCGGGUGUCCCUACUCGCGAUGAUGGCAUAUGCCGUUCGGGGUGAACCAUCCAAUGCGCAGAGUUACACGAAUUAUGUGGUCUCGGGAAUAAGGACAUUGAAUGACCAUUGGUAUAAUGUGCAGACAGGUAUCUGGGACGAUGCUUGGUGGAAUAGCGGAAACGCGAUGACUGCCUUGGCCGACUUUGCGUCAUUACGACUUACCGAGGCCAAUAUGCUCAAUAUUGGUGGCUACAUGCGCAAUACAUUUGACCAAGCUCAAAAGGUAAACGUCAAGACAGCGAAAUUUGUUAACAAAGCUGGCAUGGUGUCGUCCAUUUACUGCCUGGACCAGAAUAGCGGCUGCAUGGCUAAGCGAGAGUUUUUGGGCAAGCGUGGCUUUGACGAUUUUAUCAACGAUUUUUACGAUGAUGAGGGAUGGUGGGCUCUGGGUUGGAUAAGAUCUUUCGAUGUUUCUGGCGACAAGGACUAUCUCAACGCCGCCAUUGAUUUAUUCAACGACAUGCAAACAGGGUUGGGCGGUCCUUGCGGCGGGGGUAUUUUUUGGAGCAAGGAACGAAAAUACGUCAAUGCCAUCGCCAAUGAGCUCUAUCUGUCAGUAGCUGCAUCCCUGGCUCGACGAGUCCCCCAAAACAGCACUUACAAAGACAUUGCCAUAGAACAAUGGGACUGGUUUGAAAGGAGCGGCAUGAUCAACGCGCAAAAUCUCAUUAAUGACGGUCUCGAUGAGUCGUGUAAGAACAAUGGAUUGCAAACUUGGACUUACAAUCAGGGUGUUGUCCUGGGUGGUCUCGCUGAGCUCUUUCGGGCCACCGGCGAUCUCAAAUAUGUCGAGAAAGCAGUUCCUAUUGCCCAGGCAGCCAUCCAGGCAUUGUCCGUAGAUGGCAUUCUGACCGAGGUCGGCGGGUGCGAUGCUAGGGGCGAUUGCGGCCGAGAUGGCUCACAGUUUAAAGGAAUUUUUAUUCGCAACUUGCGUUACCUAAACGAUGUGGCUCCCCACCAGGAAUUUAAGGACUUCAUCAUUCGGAAUGCCGACUCAAUCUGGGCCAAGGACAGAUCCGGCGACAAUCAGUUUGGGGUGGCCUGGGCCGGUCCAUAUGCCACAGCCUUUGGGGCGACGCAAAGCAGUGCCUUGGAUGCCCUGGUUGCCGCUGUGGCCGUCUCAUAA